ACUCUGUCAAAGAAGAUGUCCUCAAUUUCUGUGCCGUCAAAUGUCCUCUCAGGGAUCCAAUGAAAAACUAGGACCUAAGAUAGUAGUGGCAGUAGGAGCUGCAGCAGUGUUGGUUGGCGGAGCAUAUAUGUACUAUGAACAGAAACCAAAACAAGAAAAAAAAGAUACACCAUCGGCACCUGCUGAAAAGCGUCAGUCACAGAUACCAUCCUCUAACGUGUCCAAAGUAGAGAGCUCAGAGUCAGCACCGGGACUGUCCAAAUUACAACCGCAAGAUGCAGGAUGGGUUCCUCCUUCUUACACAUAUCCUGACUUGGAUGAAGCACCUGAGUUACCCGGAUAUAUUCCUUAUUUGCUGAUUGGUGGCGGUACCGCUUCAUUUGCUGCAUUCAGAGCCAUCAGAGCUAAAGAUUCUACCGCACAGAUUUUAAUCGUCACUGCAGAGGAUCACCUUCCAUACAUGAGGCCGCCAUUAUCAAAAGAAUUCUGGUUCAGUGAUGAUAAAAAGGCUGUGGAGAAUCUUAGAUUUAAACAAUGGAAUGGCAGAGAAAGAAGUAUAUUCUUUGAACCAGCAGCUUUUUAUUGUCGUCCUAAUGAACUACUAUACAAGGAGAAAGGUGGGGUUGGUGUAGCUACAGGGCGGAAGGUUGUAGAAUUGGAUCCUGUUGAGAAGAAAGCUUAUCUAGACAACGGAUGGGAAAUCUACUAUGAUAAGUGCCUUAUUGCAAAUGGUGGAACACCAAGAACUUUACCAGCUUUAGUGAACGCAGAUGACAAAAUCAAGAAGAAGACAACAUUAUUUCGUACAAUAGAUGAUUUUAAAGAACUUGAUAGAAUUACAAAUAAUGUAGGAUCUGUUGGGAUUGUUGGUGGAGGAUUUCUGGGAAGUGAAUUGGCUUGUGCCUUGGCAAAGAGAGGUAAAGAGAAUGGUUUAAAAGUUCAUCAGAUUUAUCCUGAGUUUGGUAAUAUGGCAAGAGUGUUGCCAGAAUAUCUGAGCCAUUGGACAACUAAUAAAAUUAUAGAAGAGGGAGUUGAUGUGAUGCCAAAACACAGAGUGAAAUCAGUUAGUCUGGAUAAUGGAAAACUGGUGCUUAAAAUGAAAGAAGGAAAGGAUGAGGUAAAAGUUGAUCACUUAAUAGUGGCUGUGGGCAUAGAAGCAAAUACAGAUCUAGCCAAGACGUCUGGUCUUGAAAUAGAUGAUGCACAUGGCGGAUAUAGAGUGAAUGCUGAAUUGGAAGCCAGGUCUAAUGUCUGGGUAGCUGGUGACGCUGCCUGUUUUUAUGACAUCAAGCUUGGUCGUCGACGUGUGGAACAUCAUGACCAUGCAGUCGUCAGUGGGAGACUAGCUGGUGAAAAUAUGACGGGAGCUGGUAAGCCGUACUGGCAUCAAUCUAUGUUCUGGAGUGAUUUGGGUCCAAACAUUGGGUAUGAAGCUAUUGGUAUUACAGAUUCCAGUCUGCCCACAGUAGGUGUAUUUGCUAAGGCUACAGAGAAGGAUACACCAAAGGCAGCCUCAGAGGCGUCAGGGGAAGCAAUGAGAUCAGAUUCUGAAAUGUCGGCUAUGAAUGAAGAAUCAGUGCCAUCCACGGACCAGUCUGCGGCACCCGUUUUAAAAGUACCAAAUAUGGAUGAAAACUUUGGUAAAGGUGUUAUAUUCUACAUGAAGGAUAAAAUUAUUGUGGGCGUAAUUCUCUGGAAUGUUUUCAAUAAGAUGCCAAUUGCAAGACAGAUUCUUAAAGAGGAAAAAGAACAUGAAGACCUUAAUGAAGUGGCUAAGUUGUUUGCCAUUCAUGAAAGUUGA